AUGAACAGCCACUCUAGGGUCAAGCAGUACGACUGCUCUGUGUGCUAUCAGGCUUUCACGUAUAAGGAGUCUCGCGAUAAGCACAUGAAGAAACACCAACAACAUCAGAAAUGUGGCGAGUGUGAUGAAGAAUUUCUGUAUGCAAAGACUCUUAAGAAGCACAUGAGGGGACACAGUGGUGAGAAGCCUUUCAAGUGUUCUGAAUGUCAGAAGGAAUUCAUGUUUCAUAACAAUCUUCAGACACACAUGGAAAGACACACCGCCCUAGCUAGACCACACCCAUGUCCGAAGUGUGACAGAGGAUUCUACUUCAAGAGUAAUCUGAAUAAACAUGUGCGGAAACACACCACCCCUAGACCUCACCCAUGUCCAAAGUGUGAUAGAGGAUUCUACUUCAAGAGUAAUCUGAACAAGCACAUGGAAGGACACACCGCCCCCUCACCCAUGCCCAAAGUGUGA